AUGGUGGACCCCAACGUGUCCAGGGUCACUGAGUUUCAGCUGCUUGGUUUCCAGAACCUUCUUGAGUGGCAGCCCCUACUCUUCACCAUCUUCCUGCUCAUCUAUUGCCUCACAGUCACGGGGAACAUGCUCAUCAUUGCCGUGGUGAGUCACGAGCGGCGGCUGCACUCGCCCAUGUACACCUUCCUCAAGCACCUGUCCUUCCUGGAGAUCUGGUACACCUCCACUGUCGUGCCGCUCCUCCUGGCCAACCUGCUGUCCCGCGGCCUGGCCAUCUCCUUCCCAGGCUGCAUGACGCAGCUCUACUUCUUCGUCUUCUUUGGGGCCACUGAGUGCUUCCUGCUGGCCAUGAUGGCCUACGACCGCUACCUGGCCAUCUGCAGCCCCCUGCACUACGCCUCCCUCAUGAGCCCUGAGGUCUGCACCAUGCUGGUGGCUGUGUCCUGGCUGACAGGCGUGGGCACAGGCUUCCUGCCCUGCCUCAUGAUUGCCCAGCUUGACUUCUGUGGGCCCAGCCGCAUCAAUCACUUCUUCUGCGACCUCCCGCCCCUCAUACAGCUGUCCUGCUCCAGCGUGCUCACCACCGAGAUGGUCAUCUUCCUGCUGUCCAUUGCAGUGCUCUGCAUCUGCUUCGUGCUCACGCUCGUGUCCUAUGUCUGCAUUGUGUCGUCCAUCCUCAAGAUCCCCUCUGCCUCAGGCCGUGCCAAGACCUUCUCCACCUGCGGCUCCCACCUGGCUGUGGUCACCAUCUAUUAUGGCACCAUGAUCUCCAUGUACGUGCGCCCCAAUGCCCACCUGUCGCCCGAGCUCAACAAGGUCAUCUCUGUCUUCUACACCGUGGUCACCCCACUGCUGAACCCCGUCAUCUACAGUCUGAGGAACAAGGACUUCAAAACAGCCCUCAGGAAAGUGGCGCAGCAAAGCUGCAGCCUGUACCGAGUAGGAGUGAAGGGCAGCGGUGGGACGAAGUGA